AUGAAUUCUAACAAAAAUACCAGCAAAAGAAAGACGUUGAUGCCUCGGAAUGAUAAUAAACAAUUAGUAAACCAACAAGAUAAAACUAAAACCUAUUCACUAAAAACGCUUAAUAAAGUCGAUUCUGUUGAAAUUAUUGAAAACAUUUAUAAUUAUAUUUCGAAUACUGACUUAAUUAAUGAAGUAAAACAAAGUUCAACCACAAACAAUACAAAAACAAUUGUUAAACAAGACUGCCCUAAACGAAUUCUGGGAUUAAAAGAACAAUACCAAAACCCAGAAUUGUCAAAAAUGAGCAGCAUAAACUCAAGAUACCAACUAAAUUUUAAAAACUAUAUUCAAGAACUCCAUAAAGCAUUAAUGAAAGAAUGCAAUAAUAAUUUAUUAGAUUAUGUCAAUACAUUAAACACAACAUUAGACAGCGAAUCUAUGACGAGUUUCACUAAUCAAACGUUGCAAGCUGUAAAGGAUCAAAAAAUAUUUUCUGUAUUAGGUUAUUUCCCAAAAAUUACUCUGGAGCUGAAGAACCGUGGUUGGGUGGAAAAACGAGACCCGUGUAAACCGCCGAUAAAUUAUUCGUAUUUUGUAAAAUCAUCACCAUACAUGGUUAAUUGGAUGGAAUCUCCUCCGAUACUAUCGUCAAUUGAUCAAAAUGAAGCUGUCAUGGAACGCCGGAAAAAUGUGCAAUCGUGGAGUAUUCUUAAAGAUAAAAGAUCGGAUUUUAUUUUCGUCACUAAAAAAAGAUUGAUUCAUUGGUCCACUUUAAGUGAAUUGACUUCUGUCAGUCAGAUGACGAGACACGUGUUUUGCACCAAAAAUGGUUUGGCAAAAUCUUUGGAAUCUUACAAAAAUUCUGAGACAAAUUUGAUGUUUCCAAGAUGUCAUUUUAUUCGAUCCGAAGAAGACAAGGAUGCAUUUGUGGAAGAUUACAUCACAACAGCAUUAAUAAGCACACUCAGGAUUAUUGUAAAAGCGAUUGAGAAUAAUAAAAGAAUUUUUACUUUAAAUGGAAAUAUACCAUACAAAAUGAUUGAUUUUGUGAAACGAUGUAUAUCAAUAUUUUUGAAUAAACAAAUAACUGGUAGUACAAAAAUGGAUUUGUGGAAUUUUAAAAAUAAAAAACAAGAAGUGUGGAACGAAUUUAUGAUACAUUACACAAAACUGAUCUUAGAUAACAAUGCUAAAUUUGAUCACGAGUAUACAUAUGAAUUAGAACUAGAUGUUUAUGCGAAAUGUAAAUAUUUACUGGAACACGUGAAAAUAUAUUGUCCCCAACACUAUAUCGACGGAAUAACUAACACAUGGAUCAUAAAACCCACUUCAAGCUGUUCUGGUCACGGCAUUAUGUUAUCUAGAGACUUGUUUACGAUAAAACAAAAAAUCACUGAAGCAGGUGUCUUGAAAAAUAAUUAUAUUCUACAGAAAUAUAUAGAAAGACCCCUUUUGAUUAAUACAUGUAAAAUUGAUUUACGACAAUGGUUUUUAGUGACUAAUAUGAAUCCUAUAGUUGUGUGGAUGUACAAAGAAGGUUACGUCCGUUUUUGUGCAAACAGUUUCUCCAUGAAAAAUAUGCAUGAAUCGAUUCAUCUCAGCAACGUUAGAUUGCAAAUGAAAUAUAGAAAAUAUAGAAAUCCACGAGUGCCCGAAGAGUGCAUGUGGGAUUACAGAGAACUUCAGAAUCAUUUGAGAAAAAUUGGACAAGAAUAUGUAUGGGAUGAAUUGAUAUUUCCCGGAAUGAGCGAGAGUGUUUACGCUGUGUUGCAGUCCUCUAAGGACUCUUCGUUGUACCGCAACAAAACUUUUCAGUUGUUCGGAGCUGAUUUCUUGAUCACGGACAACUUUAUCCCGUAUUUGAUCGAAAUCAAUUCUAUUCCAGGACUGAACCCGUCGACGAGCGUUAUCGCCAACUUAGCGCCUAUGCUCCUUGGUGAUAUCGUAAAAGUGACGGUGGACUUUGAGGAAAACCCGAACGCCGACACUGGGCUGUUUGUCAAGGUUGUUCCGGAAGAGUGUAAACCAACGGCGGUAGUCGUAAUGGAUAAGCCACUGAACUCGUUGGCGGAGGUGACUGAGGCCGCAGAUCCAACAACGUUUGACUCCGGCACGUUCACUACCGGUUACCAUCGCCAGUGGAUGAAAAACAUCAAUAAAAAAUUGGCCGCACUUCGGAUUCGGGUGAACACCCAACAGACACGCAGUUAUUUGAAUAGUAAACAUCAGAAUACUUGA